AUGGCGACCGUGCUGAGGAGAGCCGUGGCGCAGCGCUUCGCGUCGUCGUCGUCGCCGGCGACGUUUGUGCUCCGGCGGUUCCUGCAGGAGCAGCCGGCGUUCCGCCCCGCCGUGCCGCCCGACCGCGGCUUCAUGCCCCUGGGCGCCGACCGGAUCCGGGACCUCGGGGUCGGCUUCGCGUUCCCGCGGAUCAACCUCGACGGCCUCGUCCCGCCCGCCGCGCCGGCUCCGGGGCCGGCCAGGCGGGAGCCGACGGACGCGGCGCUGCCCGCGGCGGCGAGUCUCACGGUGGAGGAGGCGCGCAAGGUGCUGCGCGCCACGCAGAUGGAGGCGGCGCGCGCGCGGAUUCGGGCGUCCGGCGCCGGCGCCGUGCCGUACGCCGACUUCCUGCGCCUCUGCUGCGACGCCGCCGGCCCGGACGCGGGGCCCUCCGUCGCGCGCGCGCUCGACGAGUCCGGAUCCGUCAUCGUGCUCGGCAAGACCGUCUUCCUCAGGCCCGAUAUGGUCGUCAAGGCAAUCGAGAAUGCCAUUCCCGUGCGGCAAGCGCUGCCCGUCGCUGCGGAGAGCAGCGACCCCGCAAGGGAGGAGGAGCUGAAGGCCAUGGAGGCGCAGAAGGCGGACAUCGACCGCGCGGCGGCGGCGCAGGUGCGGCGGGAGCUGUGGUGCGGGCUGGCGUACCUGGUGGUCCAGACGGCCGGGUUCAUGCGGCUCACCUUCUGGGAGCUGUCGUGGGACGUGAUGGAGCCCAUCUGCUUCUACGUGACGUCCAUGUACUUCAUGGCCGGCUACGCCUUCUUCCUCCGCACCAAGAAGGAGCCGUCGUUCGAGGGCUUCUUCGAGAGCCGGUUCGCGGCCAAGCAGAAGCGCGUGAUGCGGGCCAGGGGCUUCGACCUCAGCAGGUACGAGGAGCUCCGGAGAGCCUGCGGCGUGCCGCCGGCGCCGCUUCAGGCCCAGGCCCGGACCCCCUGCGCGAGCGCGGGGGCGCAGGAGAGCGGCCAUUGCCAUUCUUACUGCCAUUGCCAUUGA